GAAGGGGGUGAUCCGCCGCCGCCGUGGUCGUGUGGUUGUGGUGAGCGUUGAGUGUUGCGAGAUUCCUGUCUCCUCGGAAAAUGAUUUAAUUGAGAUGUCUGUCAUUUAUUAGUAGGAGGCUUCCUGAAUCAAUGUCUUUGAUAAUGGAUGGAAUUCCAAGGCCUUCAACACCUAUUUACCUCUCUGCGAAGGCAGCCUUAAUCCCAAAACGAUGUCGGUUUUGUCAUCAGUUAAUGGAGAUCAAACAAAUCAACUUGACAGAAGCUGUUCGCCUAUGUUACAAGUGCUCAACACCUUUCAGAGAUCUGAAUUCGAGUGACAUAGAAUUUUAUCAUCGGUCUUACAGAGAUGUUCACAAAAACCCCAAAGAUUGGAGUUUGAAUGUAGCCUCAGAGGAAGAAGAACUUCAUAGUAUGCAGUCAUGGAUGGAGCAAGUUUCAUUGGCUGUUAGUAAAUAUGAAGACAGCAGUGAUGAUGAUGCUCCUUCAGCGUGCAAUAAGAAUGGAAGCAAUGGGAUUCAGAAAGAUUCACUUUGUCAAUUCGAUGAUUUGGGACUUCCUGAUCUUGUUAGUGAACUUCAACAAGGUGCAAACUUUUCCAACGCACAAAGCGUAUGGAAUAAUGCAGCCAUCGAUGAACUUGAUGCUGCCUUGGCUAAAGCAGCACAUGAAAAGGCAGAUUCAGCAUCUUUACCAUUUUCGCUAGAUGACCUAUUUUUACCAGAAUGUUUGCCACAGAACCCUGAUCCCCAGUUUGACUUUGUUCCUCCAAAUGAAAGCUUAGUAAUUGAGAGGAAUGUUUCGAUCUUUGAGAGAGAAAAUAUUGAAGAUAAUGUGACUCAUGAAACAGACUUGGUUGAUCCAGUGGAUGGAUUAAGAGACUGUGAACGCGGCGAAAAAGAGGAAACCGAGGAGAAUACAUCUCGCAAAGCUCCUGAGGAUUUGAGAGAUUGUGAUAAACACAAAGGUAUUCGGGCUUGUGAAAACAUAAUUCAACAAGAUUCCAGUUUGAUUGAAAGAUCUGACUUGACACUUGGUUCAAGCUCACCAAAACAAGAAAAUAUCUCAACUAAAACAUUAAUUAGUGAAAAAUCAGAAGAAAACCAUAGUAAUACUACAAAAGAUCAAGUUAAAAUAUGUAAAAUGAUGGAUAUGAAAAGUGCUGUGGAUGAAGAUAAAAGCAUUUGUAACAGACAGGCGGACGAUAAUGAUUUUGAUGAAAAAUGUAGAGGUGACAGUGUCCUCCAAGAAGAAAGUGUUGCUGCAGAGGAGCGGUCUAGUGGGGUUUGUGGCAAAGAAAUGGAUAUUGAUCAAAAUGUUGAUGAUGUUCUUAAAACACCAGCAAGAGACAGUGACCUAAAUGAUGACUGUCUGUACAUUGGUAAGACACCAGAAAAGAAUUCUGAUUUAAAUGACAAAUGUGAUUACUAUUGUAAAACGCCAUCAAAGGAUGCCAAUUUAGAUGAUGAUUGUGUUAAUAUUUUUGAGACUCCAGAGAAAAACACCGAUGGCAAUUUGUUUUGCAACACACCAAUUAAAAAUUGCAAUUUUAGAGACGAUUCUUUUGACAGUUGUCAAACAUUAGAAAAGAGCACUGGUUUCGAUAGAAAAUUAACUGACAACAAUCAGCAACUGUCAGCUAAUGACCAUAAUUUUGCAGAAUUUUCUACGUCAACACCACAAGUAGUCUUGAGGGAAAAGAAAUAUCGAAGAUCAACAAUGGGAUUAAGUUGUGGACAUAGCGUUGUAUUAUCUUUAAAUUCUCAAAAUUUUGUACUGCCUAUCGAAACCAAUAUUCUGACACUGGACAGCACUGGUAUUUUCUCAGCAUAUCCCCCCGAUACAUUGGUGUCUCAAUUUUUCUGUGAUUGUGAUGAUGAGAUUUUACAACUUUCUCCGUCAACUCAAGAGAAAGAAGAUCACUGUGUGGACUUUCGGCUGCCGGAACUAUCUGUAUGUUCAGUAAUGGACAAAGACGUUUAUGAUGAUCGGGAAGAAGAUUUACGUUGUUUUCCUUCAGAUUUAGAUAAGAUAAUAUUUUCCCCGAAGGAGACAUCUUUGAAACGAGACAACUUUAAACCGAAACUUAGAAGUAAAAUGAAACCCACUAAGUUGUUGCUAGACACUUCACAACCCAACAUGUGUGAACCACCAAUAAUCAUUUCUGAACAAUCGAUUUGUCAACCCAACAGCAUACUUGUAACAGUUCCUGCAGAUCAUGAUAUAACUCCUGAGAUGCUUGAGUCAUCAAGUUUAAAUGGUAUUCCUAUUCUGUUUGAGUGUUUGGAUAGUAGUGUUCUUCACAACAAUGUGAAUGUUGCAGAGGUGCAGGAUACCCACAAAGAAUUUGAGAGUAAACUUGUGGUACCCAUGGCAGUUGAUGAUGAGCUUGAAACUGAUUUUCAUUCUGAUAAUAAUAAUUACAACAAUCAGACUCCUGCUUGUCAAUUGGAACAAAAUGUAACAAAUAUUAAUCCUGUGUUAGUUGAUGAUGAGGCGAAAACCUUUGUUCAUUGUGAUACGGAUGAGAAACAGGCUCCUCCAAUUUUUGAAGACGUUGUGGUAAAUGCACAAGACAAGGCUGCCAGUGCUGACUCAUCCGAGCAAUUUUCAAUUAGUUAUUCUAUUUGUGACUCUCUUGGAGGCUUUCGAAUAGAUGUAAAUCGGUGUGAUCCAAAUAACAUUUUUAGGGCUGAAGAGAGUUUUGUUAAUGCUGAAGUCACUAAAGAUGUCUCAGUCUUGGAGCCUGUUCAGCAUAGCAUCAGCAAUGAAUUGUGUUAUAAAGACCAUACAGAAAAUUAUUCUGUGGAGAGAAGUGAUUUUUUAAAUAAUGAAGCUUUUUGCUCUAGAAAUGAACAUGGUGUCCCAUCCAAAGAGACCAACUAUUGUAGCACAGGGAAAGAAACCAAGACAGUGAAGCAAAUGGUUAGAGGACCUUUGCUCUGUUAUGAAAGAGUGGAAGAGGAGGAUGAUGAGCUUAGAUCCUUCACAGGUGCCAAAUUUUCACUUCUAGCUAAGAGAAAGAAAGGAGCCAAAGUUACGCCUGAUUCUAAAGUUGUAAAUCUUAUGCAAGUUGUACAAAACGAAGUUAAAAGGAGUAAUACACCUGAACGUGAAAGAAAGAAAAAUUCUACCAUUGAUGAUCUUUGAAAAAACAAGUUUGUUGUUUUGUCUAUUUUGUCUUUAUAGUAUGAUUGCUCUCGACUUGUGAUAAGUAAAUGUGAUUUUUGUGAAAUAGUGAAAAAUAUAAUUAUUUUUGAAAUUGC